AGUCUUCAGCGUGACUGAAACCGUGUGUGUGUGUGUGUGUGUGCGCGCGCGCAUCGCUCUCAUUGUUCACACACUGGGAUUUUAACCACAUUUCAGUCAUCCAAACAAUCACUGCGCCGCGGAGCAGAUUGGGAAUAAUGAUAUAGCCGAGAAGUUAUUACAGGCGACCACUUUAACCGCGUAUUCCUUCAAGACACUCCAGCUCCAUUGGCACCAUGAGGACCUACCUGGGAGUGUUAAUGCUGGUGUUUGUCUCAGGUGAUGACACGACGAUUCUAGGUGUCUUAGAAGAGAGUGUCCUUCUGCCAUGCACCUGCUUAGAUUUGGAUGAGGAGUUUAAGUUUAAGUGGCAGAUGGAAGAACCAAACCUGAUGCUGAUGUACAUGUACAACAAGUCUAGCAAUAGAUACACAGGCAGGACCCAAAUAUUUCAGACUGAGAAAGGCAAUAACUGCUCUGUUCUCCUCACCAACAUCACAGCGGAGGACCAGGGGAGAUACAAAUGCAUUUUUCGCAGUUUAGGUACAUACCAGAAAUCCCAUGUGUAUCUGAACGUUUCUGCGAGAUACAGUGUUUGUCAGACCAAAGACAGCCUGAGUGGAGGUGUGAAGGUUUUCCAGUGUAACGUGACCGGGCGCUACAGAGAGGCUCGGAUUCAGUGGACUUUGCAUGGACAGCCUCUCACAGAUUUAACCAAAACUAAAAUAACCCACACAAACAACACAGUGAAUGGACUCUACCAUUUCAACAGCACACUCAGCACCAAGCUCAACUGGACCUCAGAACCUACAUGUGAUGUCAAGGCCAACCACAUAUCAACUACUUUAAGCUCUGGCUGUGCAGGAAAGACAGAAAAAAACGUAAGAAAUCCUAACAGCUCCCAAGUACGAGUCUGGUUAAAAAUCAUCCCUGUGAUGAUGUUUGGACUUUGCAUACUCUUGUUGUUUUCAAAGAGUUCACCGAGGACACAAGAAGAGAAUACCAACAACCUCUGAACAUAACAAACCCCGAUGUCACCGAGUAACCUUACAUUCCCACCAAAAUGUUGUUAAUUCCCAAUGUGGCAUCAUGCCCACUUGGCUACUGUUCGCAGACAGGUUUCAUCCUGUGCUCAUGCCACGAAGGGAAUGCAGCGCUUCUGUAACGGACGUCCACCUUGAGAGCUUUUAUGGAUGUCUUUUUAAUCUUUCCUUAAAAUUCAAAGAGUGUAAAAGGAGGUUGCCCUCUACGAUUUGAAGAUGAAGUGAUGCAUCUAAAUGUAAUCAGUCAUCAGGUAACAGUGAUGGGAUUCAUAUUGAUAUCAGCCAACUGCAUUAUUUGGACAGCUCAUUUUGCAACACUUAGCAACCAUUUUGUAAAAUAGUCAUUCUGGGGUGAUAUGCAACCAUUGUAUGAGCCAUUGAUCUUGUGUGACCAUGAGGAUGAUAUUUAUAGCACAAUGCGUAUAGUCUGCACUAUGUAAAUGAUAUCUACUGUCUACUGUGAUUUUAUCGUAAAGGUAAAUGGACACACUUUAUUUUCUUAUAACGGGUUGUGUUCAAAUGUAGCGUGUUCUUCUGCCUUUGUGAUAUAGUUGCACUGAAUGUUGUCGCUUUGCCAGAAUUGUUUUUACUUUAUAUAAAUAAACAGGUUACGGUCAUUGUAUUAGACACCAACCAUAUGCCAAUUAAACAGACAGAGACUUUA